AUGUCUGUGCCCGCUGCCGGGGAAGCUAAGAUCGUCCCGGGGGGCUUCCAGGGCGAGACAGCGCUCUCGCCGUAUGAAGAGGACAUCCCUGAGAACCUCCGUCGCGCGACAUCGCGGCUCCAAUUUCCGCCAUCGUACGUCGCCGUGGGUUUUUACAGGCUUAUCACGGACCGCAACUUGCGCGUACCCGCAUGGCAGAAGUGCAGGCACGGCUUUGUGCGCGGCGCGUCCGUGGGGCUCAUUUGGACUGCUGGGUCGUACAAGAUCCAGAAGGUGUUCGUCGAAUAUUUCCUCAUCAACUCCCCCCGCGUGACUGGUCUCUCGCGGGAGACCCUCUUCGGCAUCCAGAUGCCAUUCGACCUCACCACCUACGCGACGCUCUUCUUCCUCUCGACGCAGGUGUCGUCAAUCAUCUACUUCUUCCUCUCGCGCAACCUCCGCGUCGCACGUGAGCGCGCGUACGAGCAGACGAUCCAGUCGCGCGCCAAAGGGACCGCGUUCUGGCAGCCGUAUGUCGAGGAGUGGGACCAUCCCCCGCGCGUGAAGCCGGUCAGGUGGGGCUGGAAGGACCUCAUGAGCGGACCCGUCGGCCGCAUCGUCGCCAACGUGAUCGCCCUGCCGCUGAACUUCAUCCCGUUGGCGGGCAUGGUCAUCGCGGCGUGGUUCCGCGCGCUGGGGACGGCGAAGUACCUCCACGAGCCGUAUUACAAAGUGAAGGGUAUGACGCCCGAGCAGGUCGCGACCUUCAUCGAGGAGCGCAAGUGGGACUACAGAGCGUUCGGGUUCACGGCAGCGCUCGCUGAACGCCUGCCCAUCGUCGGGCUGGUCUUCUCGAUUUCGAACCGCAUCGGUGCCGCGAUGUGGGCUGUUGACCUUGAGAAGCGCCAGCAUUAUGUCGCCGACGUGAAAGCCGGACGUGCUCCGCUGGGCACGGGAUGUUUGGGCCUCAGAAGACGAAGUCGCAGUAGGAUCCCCGGGAUUUUUGGAGGCGCCGAGAUGAACUCCGUUGCAGAGGAACAUGUUUGUAGCAAGCAGCCCAUUUGA